GCAUAUAAAGCAUGUGCAAUGAUCGGUCCUUAUUGCACCACAAAAUGGGGUAUACGAGGUUUAACACAAACUUCUGCUAUAGAAUGGGCUCCAUACAAUAUUACAGUUAAUGCUGAUGUUUCUGACAGUAAAUCAGUCGAAAAAAUGAUUCAAGACGCUGCAGAAAACUUAGGAAGCCUAGAUGUAGUAGUGGCAAAUGCAGGAAUUGGUGAGGUAAAAUCACUCUUAGAUACGACUGUAGAAGAGUGGGAUAGAGUUUUUGCAGUAAACCUGCGUGGAGUAUUUCUUUGUUACAAAGAAGCAGCUAAAAUUAUGAUUAAACAAGGUAGAGGAGGAAAAAUUAUUGGUGCAUGUAGCUCUGUUGCAUAUAAAGCAUGUGCAAUGAUCGGUCCUUAUUGCACCACAAAAUGGGGUAUACGAGGUUUAACACAAACUUCUGCUAUAGAAUGGGCUCCAUACAAUAUUACAGUUAAUGCUUAUUGUCCAGGACUCAUUAAGACAUCGAUGUCUGACAAAUCUAAUGAAGAACUUUCAAAACUUCAAGGAAAGACAUUGAACGAUAUUGUGGACGAUUCUUUAAAAACAAUUCCACUUGGUCGCAUAGGAUAUCCAGAUGACGUCGCAAACUUAGUUUCAUUUCUUGCAAGCAAAGAUUCUGACUACAUUACUGGACAGAAUAUUUUAGUUAAUGGUGGAAGAGAUUUUUCUUAA